AUGCAAAGGACUACGACAAGAAGCCUGUGUCGGUUCAGUGGAAAUAAGUAUCAACACUGUACCUCCGAGCCCGAUGAUCACGAACACUUAUUAUGGCAGAAUUUGGAGGCAGUGAUUGCUGGUUUGAACUGCGUCCGAGGGGCUAAUGCGAAGGAGGAUCCCAUUGCUGAGGAGGCAAUAGCUCUGGAAGUGAGCUUUCCAGUCCAGCAGGAAUCGGCAGACGAAAGCUCCCCCUUGUACCUCGAUGGGCGGGCUGGCCUUUUGGGCCAUGCCAAUAGCCCAGACACUUUCUCCGUGCUGAGUAUAUAUAUUCUGCCCGAGUAUUUUGUCUUCUUUCGUCUUCAGGGAGUCUCGGGACGCUACAUUGGUGGCAGCGGAAAGCGAACCCGAUCUUGA